AUGGCGUCUUGGAGAAGACAUGAUGAGAACAGCUUGGAUAAUUUUCAUGUUUGUGAUGAAUGUAGAAGAAGCUACAAGUUUAAAAAGAACUUAAUCAGACACAUCAGAGUAGAUCACACACAUGUACAAUAUUUUCCGUGCGUGUAUGAACACUGUAAAAGAGAAUUCAAGAGGAUUGACUAUUUGAAAAGAAACUUGCUAAAAAUAAACAUGUUGGAUGCACGAAUGGCGGAAGUAAUGAUGAAAGGUGAUUCCAGCAGGGAUACGGAGGAUAUAGAAGUGGAACCGAGUGUCAAACGACAGAAAUACGAACCCGUAUUGGAAGAUAUCAGUAGUGAUGAAAGUGAUCUAGACCUUCUAGAUGGUCAAGACGUACAAAACAUACUGGAUGAUUUAGAAGGACCAGAUAUUGAGUUGCUAGAGAAAGAUAGCUAUCAGAAAUCAGAAAGUGAUGUAGAAUCAGUUAUGGAUAGUGAUCAGAAGUUAGACAGGAAUGUAGAUUCAGUGAAAGAUGAUGCUGAUUCAAUGAGGGAUAAUGAUCAUAAUUCAGUGAGUGAAGCUGAUUCAGAAGAGGAUAGCGAUCAGCACAAAGAGAGCGGUUCAGUUACGGAUAGCGAUAAGAGUUCAGAGAGUGAAGCUGAUUCGAAGAAUAGUGAUCAAAACUCAAAUAGUGAUUCUGAGAGUGAAACUGAUUCAGAGAAGUAUACCCAUCAGAAUUCAGAGAGCGACUCAGUGAGGAAUAGCGAUCAAAAUUCAGAUAGUGAUGUAGACUCAGAGAGAGAAAAUGUUCAUAAAUCAGGGAGUGAGGUUGAUGCAGAGAAGAUUACUGAUCAUAAUUCGGCGGAUAUUGUCGCUUCAGGAAAUGAUUCUGAUCAUGAUCAGAAUGCUGUUAGUGCUGAUGAUUUUGAUGACUU